GUUUCUCGAGGGUGAAGCCGCAAAACCAGUCGUAAGGUCUGGAGUCCCUCUCAGCCUGAGCUCCUGGGAUCCUGUCACCAUGGAGACUGAAAGUGAGCAGAACUCCAGCUCCACCAGCGGGAGCUCCAGUUCUGGAGGAAGCACCCGUCCUCAGAUAUCGCAGAUGUCUCUCUAUGAGCGACAGGCAGUACAGGCCCUGCAGGCACUCCAGAGACAGCCCAAUGCAGCCCAGUACUUUCAUCAGUUUAUGCUCCAGCAGCAGCUUAACAGUGCCCAGCUUCACAGCCUGGCUGCUGUCCAGCAGGCUACAAUUGCAGCCAGCAGACAGGCCAGCUCCCCCAACACCAGCACCCCGCAACAGACCACCACCACCCAGGCCUCUAUCAACCUAGCCACCACAUCAGCUGCUCAGCUGAUCAGUCGGUCACAGAGCGUGAGUUCCCCCAGCGCCACAACCCUGACGCAGUCUGUGCUCCUUGGGAAUACCACCUCACCGCCUCUCAACCAGUCGCAGGCCCAGAUGUAUCUCCGGCCCCAGCUGGGAAACCUGUUGCAGGUAAACCGGACCUUGGGCCGCAAUGUGCCUCUUGCCUCCCAACUCAUCCUGAUGCCCAACGGGGCUGUGGCCGCUGUCCAGCAGGAGGUACCACCCACUCAGUCUCCUGGGGUCCAUGCAGACACAGACCAGGUGCAGAACUUGGCUGUGAGGAGCCAGCAGACCUCGGCCACUAACGCCCAGCUCCAAGGCUCCGCUCAGAAGGCAGCUCUGCCAGGAAGCUCCCAGGCUUCGGGCUUACCGCAGGCCACCGGCACGGGCCAGACCUUGGCAGUGGCUCAGGCCUCCUCCGGCAGCGCAGGCCAGUCCCUCAACUUGAGCCAGGGGUCAGCAGGCAGCAACGGUGUCUCUGGAGGGGUGGUGGCAAGUGGUGGGAGCCAGACCUCAACGGGAUUGAGCCAGACCUCCUCGGCAGGCACCGCCGGCAGUUGCCAAAGGAAAGGCACAGGGGUGGUUCAGCCGUUACCGGUAGCAGCUGCCCAGGCUGUGACCGUCAGCCAGGGAAGCCAGACGGAGACAGAGAAUGCAGCCACAAAGAAGGGCGAAACGGAGAGUGGCGGACAGCAAACGGUGGGCAUGAACCUGACCAGGACUGCUACACCAGCACCCAGCCAGACGUUGAUCAGCUCAGCCACCUAUACGCAGAUCCAGCCACACUCGCUGAUCCAGCAGCAGCAGCAGAUCCACCUGCAGAAGCAGGUGGUGAUCCAGCAGCAGAUCGCCAUUCAUCACCAGCAGCAGUUCCAGCACCGCCAGUCCCAGCUCCUCCACACAGCCACCCAUCUCCAGCUGGCCCAACAGCAGCAACAGCAGCAAGCACCGUCUCUGACCCAACAGCAGCAGCAAGCUCAACCUCCGCAGCAGCAGGCUCCACCUCAAAACCAGCAGCAGGCUCAGACCCUCGUGGUGCAGCCUAUGUUGCAGUCCCAGCCACAGCCUGUGCAGCUCCAGCAGGACAGUUCUUGCCAGCCAGCCACCAAGUCACCUGUUCCAAUACAGUCAAAAUCUCUGGUCACCCCCAUCAAACCACCUCAGCUUGGGCCUGCCAAAAUGUCAGCAGCCCAGCAGCCUCCACCACACAUCCCAGUACAGGUGGUGGGUACUCGGCAGCAGGGCUCAGGCCAAGCCCAAGCACUGGGUUUGGCUCAGAUUGCUGCAGCUGUGCCGACAUCCCGGGGAAUGCCAGCUGUGGUCCAGCCUGUUUCCCAAGCCCAUGCUGCUUCCCCGUCAUCAUCUACAGCUCCAGCAUCCUCACAGGAAGCUCCUCCUCUCACCACAGGGGUGAAUUUGGCACAAGUUCAAGGCACAGCCCACAUGGUGAAGAGCCCAGCCUCCUCUCCAGUUGUGGCUCAGAUGCCAGCAGCAUUCUACAUGCAGUCUGUCCAGUUGCCAGGCAAGUCUCAGACCCUAGCGGUAAAGCGGAAGGCAGAGUCAGAGGAGGAGAAGGAGGAGUCGCCCAGUGUCACUGCACUGCUGCCUGCCAGGUCCUCUCCUGUGACAGACAGCCCCAAAAACAUGGAGGAGAAGAGUGGCCUUGGAGAUAAAUCUGAUUCUGCUGCCAUUGCAACCUCAAAUACCCCCUCAAGUGAAGGAGCAUCAGUCACCCCCACCUCUGCUCCCAUCCCAAACCUGGCAAUGGUGUCACGUCAGAUGGGAGACUCCAAACCCCCCCAAGCCAUCGUCAAGCCCCAGAUCCUCACACACAUCAUUGAAGGCUUUGUCAUCCAGGAAGGAGCAGAGCCCUUUCCGGUGGGUUGUUCUCAGCUGCUGAAAGAAUCUGAGAAACCGCUGCAGGGAGAGGCUCCUUCUGGCCAGAGUGAAAACCUGUCCAGCAAUUCUCCGGGAGGGGACAGUGCUUCUAUGGAGCUUGAUAAGAAGGCAAACUUGCUGAAGUGUGAAUACUGUGGGAAGUAUGCCCCAGCAACCCAGUUCCGUGGUUCCAAGAGGUUCUGUUCCAUGACCUGUGCUAAAAGGUACAAUGUCAGCUGCAGCCAUCAGUUUCGGCUGCAGAGGAAGAAGAUGAAGGAAUUCCAGGAAGCUAACUAUGCUCGUGUGCGCCGACGGGGACCACGGCGCAGCAGCUCUGAAAUUGCUCGAACAAAGAUCCAGGGCAAACGCCACAGGGGCCAGGAAGACUCAAGUCGAGGCUCUGAUAACUCCAGCUAUGAUGAAGCUUUGUCCCCUACAUCUCCAGGACCCCUGUCAGUAAGGGCCAGUCAUGGAGAGAGGGACCUGGCAAACUCUAGCAUGGCCCCACCUACCCCAGAUCUACACGGCAUCAACCCCGUCUUCCUGUCCAGCAAUCCCAGUCGUUGGAGUGUGGAGGAAGUGUAUGAGUUCAUUGCAUCACUGCAAGGGUGCCAGGAAAUUGCUGAGGAGUUUCGGUCACAGGAAAUUGAUGGCCAGGCCCUGUUGCUUCUGAAGGAGGAACACCUCAUGAGUGCCAUGAACAUCAAGCUGGGACCAGCUCUCAAGAUCUGUGCCAAGAUCAAUGUCCUCAAGGAGACCUAACAGCUCUGAAGCCAGAGGUCUCACUUUUGCUCUGACCCCAGGGCAGCUGCCAGCUUUGGAGCAUCCUGCUGGGGCAGGGAAGAAGGGGACAGUCCCCUGUGGUCUUGCAUUCAAGAAGAAUGAGAAGGAAUUUAACUGAUUGAAACUGCCGUGCACAAGCCCAUGUCUUGGUCUCUUAAUGGUGCUACAAGGGGGAGGAAAACUCCCACCUGGGGCCUUGAAACAUCUUUCCUUCUUCCUGAUUUUGAAUAUGCCUCUCCCGUAUACCCCAUAAAGAUGUGAAGGGGACCUCUUUCUGUCUUAGCAGACUUCUGAAAGGGAACUGCCUUCGCCCCUUUUUGCUACAGCAGGUCUGCUAGAUAUUAGUUUUGAAUCUCACUGUGCCAGAAAUUGAGGCAUAGGAAGAGCCGGCCCCACAUGGACUUUGGGAGCAGCUGUGCUUGGGGCAUUUAGGAAGGGGAACUAGUAAAUUCCAAGUGACAGAGGUGGACAAACCAGGAAUUUGAGCAAAAGGGGCUGCUGCUGUUCCACUCUUAAAAAAAUACCUAGGCUGCUCACGAACAGGGUUUAAUAGCCAUUCCAGCAUGCAUACCAAACUUGAAGGCUCAUGGCAAAAGGAGCUGCCUUAGCUUUACUAUCUCCUGUAGAGAUGCGGAGUGAAGACAAAGUGUUGUGGCAGCUAUUCACUCCAGAUGCUCCUCUCUGAACCAGUCAGAGGAGGAUUUAUCCUGAGUACUUAUGACAAAGUGAUGGGAAAAUCAAUGGGAUGGGGGAUUGUCUUGCAUUAGGGAACCCUGCAGCACUAGGUUUGUCUCCCUAUUGUGCUAGGGCAUAAUUUACAGAUCCAAAGCAGUCUCCAGAAGCGCCAAGGCUCUUCAUAAAAUGGGCUGAGGUUUUGGUUUGGGGUUUUUUGUGUUCUCUUAUCAGUUUGUAUUAUUUUUGUGUCUGUUGUCAUUAUCCUCAGGAGAGCUUAUGGGACAAAGUUUAAGCUGGC